AUGGCCAUCAACAGCACUGUGCGAGCCCGCGCCGCCCCGACUGCGGCGGAAACAACAAAGUACAAGAGACCGCACAUUUACGACACCAUCGAGGAGCCGACGCUGCUGCGGGAGCUGCUCGUCGACGACAUCUUUGUCCUCGGCGGGCAGUUUGCCAUUCUCUGCCAGUGGGCGCACCCCGGUCUCGCCAUCGGCAGCCACAAGCGCUCCAACUUUAAAACCCGCGUGGCCAACCGCCUGCAGACGACGCUGCGCUUCAUCAACGCGGCCGUCUACGGCACGCCCGAGGACAAGGAGGCCAUCUUCUCCGUCAUCCACAGGUACCACGCCCCGGUGCACGGCCCCGGCUACGAUGCCAACGACCCGGAGCUGCACAAGUGGACGGCCGCCACGCUCUUUGUCUCGCUGGUGGUGGUCCACGAGCUCAUCCUCGGGAAGCUGUCGCUGGAGAAGCAAGAGGCGCUGUUUCGCCAGGCGGCGGUCUACGGCACGAGCCUGCGCAUGCCGCCCGAGAUGUGGCCCGAGAGCCUCGACGCAUUCUGGGCGUACUGGGACCACAACGUGGCGACGCUGGAGAUUACGGACGAGGCGCGCAGUCUCUGCCAGGACCUGCUCUACGCCGAGAACCUGCCCUUUGAGCUCGCGGCCAUGAUGCCCCUCGCGCGGCUCGUGACGGCCAACGUGCUGCCCCCGCGGCUGGCGAAAGAGUACAACCUGGAGCCGACGGCGGCGAACAGGGCCCUCUUUCAUACGGUCAUGUACGGAAUGGCGACGGUGUAUCCGCUGCUGCCGCAGAGUAUACGCCAGAGCCACUAUAAGAGGAACAUGGCGGACCUGGAGCGCGCGGUCAAGCGGAUCAAGGAAACGGGACACUGGGCCGGGACGCCGGCUGCAUGA